AACUAAGCACAGCGCAACUGUCGCGUCCUCUGAAUCCUCUCUCUCUCUCUCUCUAUAUCUCUACCAUUUUCUCUAGUCUCUACUCCGCAUUCAUCUUCCGUAGAUUGCUAGGGCACAAGCGUAGCUAUUCCUUUUUCCUUAAUCUGAUUUGAUCACAUAUAUUAUACUUUUAUUUACUCGUCAAAUAUGAGAACUCCGAACUCCGCAACGCCGAAAGCGGCAUCGACGGCGAAGAAGACGCCACCGGCGAAGAAGACACCACCGGCAAAGAAGACACCGCCGUCGAAAAAAUCCGCCGCCAAGUCACAGAACACUCCCGACGCAGAGCAUGCAUCCCAAUUGACAUUGAUGUCCAACGAGGCGAAGCGCACCCCAGUUACAAGAGCGAAACAGGCGAAGGCGAACGAAACAACCGCUAACGCUGCUGCAGCAUCAGUAGCGGCCAUUACACCCAACUUGAUGGACUCGAAACAAUCACCAGCAGCUCUAGAAACAAAGCCUGUUUCAAGAACUAAAAUAGUUCGAAGGGUUGUAAGGAAAGUGGUACGGAAAAAUCCAAAGUCUGGCAAAAAUGCUUCGGUUGAGACAUCCAAAUCUACAGGAGCUGGAACAGCAAAUGUGGAGGACUCUUUGAAGGAGAAAGAAGAGGAUUCAAAAUUUGAAGUAUCUCUGCAGGAUGAGACUGGUCCUGAGAAAGAAGGAAAACAUUUGGUAAACCUAGCGUCAAGUGAUGAUUAUGGUGAGCCUGUAAAGAAAGAUCAAGGUGAUGUGAAUGUGAAUAAACAUGCUAUGAUGGACUUAGAAACAGCUGAGGCAGCAGGGUUGACCGAAAAGGUAGUUUUUGCUUCAGAUGAUCAACAAACUGGCUACAAUGAUGUGGAAAAUUCUGAGGAUCAUGAAACUGUUGCCAGUGUUGUGAAAUCAUCUUAUGUUAAAGAAUCUGUUCUUAAAGAUGUGAAACCUCUUGAGCAUCAAGAGGCUGUCAUUAAGGAUGUACAACCCGUUGUGCAUGAAGAGGCUGUUGUUAAGGAUGUAAAAUCUGUUGAGCAUGAUGAGGCUGUUGUUGAAGAUGUAGAAUCUGCAGGGUUUACAAAACCUAUUGCUGCAGAUACCAAAUCUCUCAAGGAUCAUGAAUUUUACAACACAAUAGAGGAACAGCAACUGAAUGAUAAACUUGAAGGGGGCCAAAAUGUUGUUAAGGAUAAAAAAUAUGUGCAAGGGGAGGUAGAUAGAAUGGAGGAAGAUUCCAAUGAGAAGAUGAAAGGAAAGAAUAUUUAUGAAGAGGAAAGUGAUGAUGAUAGAAUAGAGGCAUUCCGUGAGCAAGUGGAUCAUGAAGUACUGAGUGGUGAGGAGUUUGCUGAAGGUGAUACACCACACAAUGGUGAAGAAGCAGAUGCAGUAGCAGAUGAACGUGCAGAACUAAAUGCCGCUGCAAAUGAGCGUAGGAAGAGGAAAGAGCUGGAAAUAUUUGUCGGUGGGCUGGACCGUGAUGCUACUGAAGAGGAUUUAAAAAGGGUAUUUCAGCAUGCUGCAGAGGUAGUUGAAGUUAGAAUGCACAAGGAAUUGCCCACUAACAAGAAUAAGGGAUAUGCAUUUGUGAGGUUUGCAACCAAAGAGCAAGCCAGCCGGGUUUUGGCAGAGAUGAGAAACCCAGUUAUACGAGGGAAGCGAUGUGGGACUGCUCCUUGCGAAGAUAAUGAUACAUUAUUCCUUGGGAAUAUCUGUAAUACAUGGACAAAAGAAGCUAUAAGACAAAGGUUGAGAGAAUAUGGCAUAGAAAGCGUUGUAAGCAUUACUCUGGUCGAGGAUCCUAAGCAUGAAGGUUUAAGUCGGGGUUUUGCAUUUAUUGAGUUCUCUUGUCAUGCUGAUGCCGUGACCGCAUAUAAAAGACUUCAAAAGCCCGAUGCUGUUUUUGGCCACUCGGAGAGAACUGCCAAAGUGGCUUUUGCUGAGCCUUUAUCAGAGCCAGAUCCUGAGGUAAUGGCCCAAGUUAAAUCAGUAUUUGUUGAUGGACUCCCUCCUCAUUGGGAUGAAGAUCGUGUAAGGGAUAAAUUCAAAGGUUUUGGGGAGAUUGUACGGAUUAUACUUGCUAGAAAUAUGUCAUCAGCAAAGAGGAAGGACUUUGGAUUUGUAGAUUUCACCGCACAUGAAGCUGCUGUUGCUUGUGUUGAAGGCAUAAAUAACACAGAGCUCAAUGAUGGGAACUCAAAGAUUAGAGUGAGAGCAAGACUUUCAAAUCCUCUACCCAAAACUCAGGCUGUUAAAGGAGGGAUGUCUGGUGGGUUUCGGAUUGGCCGUGGUAAUAGUGGAGCUUAUACAAAUUAUGAAAGGGGUUUUGUACGAGGUGGACGUGCUUUUGGUCAACCAAAUUUUCAACGAGGUAGGGGUUUUUAUCCCCGUGGACAUGGCUAUGGUGGUAGAAUGGGGUUUUCUGAACAUGAAUUUGAUAGACCAUAUCCUCCUUUCCCUGAAAGGCAAAAUUUUGGAGGAGGAGAGAGAUGGGGUUUCCGGGGUGGCCAUUCACCAUCUGAUGUAGAUCCGACAUUUGUACGGCCUUACUUUGAUAGACCACGAUAUGGUGAUAGAAGUCAUAUGGAUGAUGGUUUAAGGAGGCAACCAUAUCUUGCUAAUGAAGCAUUUGACAGGCCAUUCAUGGGAAGGCACUAUGAAGAUCCUUAUUUUUAUGAUCAAACUGCCCAUGGGAUGAAGAGACCAUUUUUUAGGACUGAUCCUGAUUACAUGGAGCCUAGCAGACAUCGUCCAAGGUUGGAUUACUCUGACCCUGCAGUUUCACUCCGUCGAAGCCGUUACAGAGAUGACGUUGCAGCUGAUGGUGGUUUCAGUUCGCAAGGUUACUAUGGCUAUGGCUAUGACUCCUCUGAUUUUCGUGGACACACUUACCAAUCCUUUUAUCAUGGUGAUAGUCCAUAUGGACGAGGAUAUUACUAGUUACUAGUAGUCUUAAAAGAUUACUUGGUGCCCUUGGAAUGUAGAAUCUGCUGCUUGAUAAGGAAGGCAUUUGCUGUGUAGCUGCUCAAAGCAAAGAACCUAUUUCUCUUUUAUGUGCUCCUUAUUCUUUCGGUGGAUGUUACUUUUCUGUUUUACCCUCUCUCUACUCCCGAGUCUUUUAUGCUCUUCUCUGAACAAAUUGGAUCCAGUCACCUUAGUUUUAGGUUGUACACUUACAGAGGAUCUUAUUGUGGAGAUGGUAUUUUGUCUAUGAUGAAGACUCUAAUGGAUCUGAGCUCCUUCUAUUUAUGCUGUUUUGGGCAUUUGAGGGUGUUGGACAUGACUUUUAGGUAGAUAAAUACUACUAUUUUGUCUUACAGACUGAGGAUAUGUAGUUAUGAUAUAUUCUGAAGUUUAAAGGAAAACUCUGAGCAUGUUAACUGUAUUUUGGUGAGGGAAAGUAUAAGUUAAGGUUUCUUUACAAUA